ACCCUCAUUAUUGAGAUGGCCAUUGUUUACACUUUCUUCACCUUUGCCAUUUUGAAUGGAAGCUGUGGUCUGUGUUCUCUAGAAGUGCAAAAAUGCAUGAUUAGUGAUCCGAAACAUAGAAUGGCUGCGAACAUGAGGCGCUUUUACGACCUGACCGCGAGGCUGCUGUCCGGAGGAAGCUUCAGUUUCUCCGCACUAAAGGGCAAAGUUGUUCUCAUUGAGAACGUGGCGUCCCUCUGAGGAACGACCACCAGGGACUACACUCAGAUGAACGAGCUGCACAGUCGCUACUCGACCGAGGGCCUCGUCAUCCUGGGUGUGCCCUGCAACCAGUUCGGACAUCAGGAGAACUGCAAGAACGAUGAGAUCCUACAGUCUCUGAAGUACGUCCGUCCGGGGAAUGCCUUCGAACCCAAGUUCCAGCUCCUUGAGAAGGUGAACGUCAAUGGAGAGGAUGCCCACCCCUUGUUUGUAUAUCUGAAGGAAAAGCUUCCGUUCCCCUGUGAUAAUGCCAUGGCUCUCAUGGCCGAUCCAAAGUUCAUCAUUUGGAGCCCCGUCAGUAGGAACGACAUCUCCUGGAACUUUGAGAAGUUCUUGAUCACUCCCGACGGGGAGCCCUACAAGCGUUACAGCAGAAAUUUCCUCACCAUUGAUAUUGAGGCAGAUAUUAAAGAGCUGCUGAAGAGAGUCAAGUAAUGCUGUGGGUGACUGACAGGAACAACCAAUUCCGUCCAAGUUGUGUCAGUGGUAUUACUUUUUAUUGCAGGUAUUUCAUCGUUUGUUUCCACCUGCGCGGUGAUGUUCGUACACUACGGCUGUUCGGCCUAUUUACUGAAUGAAGAUGCUCUUUGAAACCUUUUGGCGUGGGGAGUUUCUGAUGAACAUGUAAGAGGCCGAUUCUGCCUGUAUAACUCAUGCAGUGGGGUGGAUUCAAAGCAGAGAAAAAUAAACACAUAAUGUCGUAUCAAA